AGCAGAUUAGCCUCCUCCUCCUCUUUCGAUAAAGCCACCUUCCUCCACCCCGGAGGCGCCGGACGGAGGGCGUCGACCACCACAACCAACCCCGCCCGCCUCCACCCAUGGCGUCGCUCGCCGCCUUCCACCCCACCAUAGCCGCCUCCGCCCCGCGCGCCCGCGCCCGGGCGCACCCGCGCAGCCCCAACCCCACCACCGGCCUCCUCCGCCUCCUCCCCUCCCGCCGCAGGCCCCGCCUCGCGGCCUCCGCCUCGUCGUCGUCCUCGUCCUCCCCGGCCACGGGGCGGGACCGGUCCGACGCGGCGUCGUCGCUGGAGCGGUGCCUGGCCGCGUCGGGCUCCGCGGCGCCGGCCUCGGCGCCCACGCGCGCCCCGCCGGCGAUGAAGGGAGGGAAGCAGUACGGCUCGUUCGGCGCCGUCACGCUCGAGCGGAAGGUUGACCUGUCCAAGGGCCGCAAGAAGAUCACGCCCGAGCUGGCCACAGGUGGUGGUGGUGGUGAUAUUGGGAAAAGGAUUGGUCAUGGUGGGGGUGAUGGUGGCGAUGAUGAUGGCGAUGAUGAUGAUUACUUCGAUGAUUUUGAUGAUGGUGAGGAAGAGGAAGGUGGUCUUUUCCGCAGACGAAUCGUCAUACAGGAGCUUUUCAAUAGAGAGUUUGUGGAUGCUGUAAUGCAAGAGUGGUGCAAAACGAUGAGUAAUUUGCCUGCUGGUAUCCGCCAAGCUUAUGAGAUGGGUUUGGUUAGUUCUGCCCAGAUGGUACGGUACCUUGCAAUUUUUGCAAGGCCUACUCAUUCCAGAUCCUUCUCGCGAACUCUUCCUGGAUGGCUUUCCAGAGGUCUUGUUGGAAGGACGCUUGCAGAUCCAUCAUUCCCACAUAAGAUAGCUUUUGAGUUCGUGGCUACCUUUUUCUCAUCUGUUUGGUGGGAGAUGAACAUACGUAAGGAGAGGUUUGAGCAAGAAUGGGAUUUGGCUGUCGUCAAUGCUCUGACUGCCUCUUGUUGCAAUGUGGUGGUUCUUGGGCUUCUGGCACCAUGUCGCUCAUAUGGGAGUACAUCGCGAUUUGACUUCCAGAAUGCAAUUGAGAAACUUCCCAACAACAUGUUUGAGAAGAGUUAUCCUUUGAGAGAGUUUGAUCUACAAAAACGGAUCAGUGCAUUCUUUUACAAGGCAGCAGAGCUUAGCUUGGUUGGGGUAGUUGCUGGUUCUAUUCAAGGUGGUCUCUCAAAAGCCCUGUCUGCAAGAAAGGAAAGGAGGUUAUCGGUAACCAUUCCUUCUGUGAGCACCAAUGCCCUUGGGUAUGGAGCCUUCCUUGGACUUUAUGCAAACUUGCGGUAUCAACUAUUAUGUGGACUGGAUCAGUAUAUGGUCAGAAGAUUUGAUGUUCUUGGUGUGGCAAUCUUCUUCAGCACAGCACUAAGAUUGACGAACAUUCAGAUUGGCGAAUCAUCAAGAUGCACAUGGCUUGGAGAGGAAGCUGAUCCACAGUACUCAGAUCGAUUGUUGAGAGCAUACAAAAGGCCAGUAGAGGUUGCUGGGGGACAAGAAGAUUCAAGGUGGUUUAUAUCGAAGGAUGCGAUUGUAUCUGGCCUUGGUCUUCUUGGCAUCAAGCAAGUUGGAACAGAAGCUGCAUUGUCCAAGCCUCGCAGAAAGAGAGUUGUCCGAAAGAAAGUCGUCUCAAGUUGAAUUUAGUUGAUUUUGUCUAAUUCUGGAACAAUUUUGCUUUAGUUCCACUAUGCCGUAUUGAGUUCUACCCAGCAAGGCGAAUGAGGAAAACCGUAGUUGGCAGCCAGCUUGCAGUCUAUCGUGGAAGGCAUCGAAAGCGGUGGUGGAGGUUUCAUAACUGGAAGGGGGUUGGUUCAAAGCUGCAGACCCUUUGCCAUUUUGUAUCUGUUCUUUUUUUCACACUUUCUGAUAAGUAUUGACACCCAAAUUUUCUUGUACUGUUGUGAGCCAAAUAGACUCAGCUAGUUGUAGUCAUGGAGAUUUUAAAGAUGCAGUCUUUAAUAUGAGCAGAAACAUUGCAUUUUUGAUAGGGUUUCAUGUAGUUGCCCGAUGUAUGCUUGUAGCGUUACAGAGCUGGAUACCUCUUGGUCGUCAGAACCAAAUGGUGUA